UCUCUUCAAAUGAAAGGCUAAUUUGGUAGAAUGAACAUAUUUUCCUCACGACCAGGAUACAGCUUCUGCCGACGGUCGAUGUCACAGUGUUUUCAAUAUCCCCGUGUUUUGGACCUGUUUUUGGUAUCAUCAUCGACACAUAGGAGACUGAGACUAGCAUUUCAUGCCCAUGAAGGCUUGUGGGAGAAUAAAUAUGGCGGCAACAGUGGCUGGACUACCUCAAGCACAAAAUCAGGCUAAGCAACAAGCCGGUGUUGCAUCAGAUAGAUCAUUGCGUUCAGUUUUUGUUGGGAAUAUUCCUUAUGAAGCAUCUGAGGAGCAACUCAAAGAGAUCUUCUCUGAAGUUGGACCAGUUGUUAGCUUUAGAUUGGUGUUUGAUCGUGAAACAGGAAAGCCUAAAGGAUAUGGGUUCUGUGAGUAUAAGGACCAAGAAACUGCCUUGAGUGCUAUAAGAAAUCUAAAUGGGUAUGAACUGAAUGGAAGAGCAUUGCGCGUUGACAGUGCUGCUUCAGAAAAGAACAGGGAGGAAAUGAAAGGUAUAGAAGGAAGCAGUCGUCCAGAAGCAAAUCCUUAUGGACCACCAGUUGCUCCUGAAGAAGCACCUGAAGCCAUUACACAAGCUGUGGCAAGUUUACCUCCGGAGCAGAUGUUUGAACUUAUGAAGCAGAUGAAGAUUUGUAUCCAAAACAACCCCGAGGAAGCCCGACAGAUGUUACUUCAAAACCCACAGCUUGCCUAUGCCUUAUUGCAGGCUCAGGUUGUCAUGAAAAUUGUGGAUCCUGUUAUUGCACAGGGCAUCUUGCACAGACCUGCGGAUCCGGUAGCACCUUUACAACCAACAGGUGUGCAACAGCCUCAGCCACUAAUGCGUGCAGGACCUUUAGGGGAAAGAAAAGGUCCAAAUAAUCAGGGCCCUCCUGGACCCUUCCAAUCAGCACCUGGAUCAGCAUCUGAAAUAAGAGGUCCUCUAGACAUGAGAGGUCCUCCAGACAUGAGGGGUCCACCUGAAGGGAGAGGCCCAGGAGACAUGAGAGGCCCUCUGGAUAUGAGAGGUCCACCAGAUAUGAGAGGCCCUCAAGAUAUGAGGGGGCAAUCAGACAUGAGGGGCCCACAAGAUGGUAGAGGUCCACCAGACAUGAGAGGACCAGGACCUGACGGGCGGGGUCCACCAGAUAUGAGAGGAAUGCACCCAGACAUGCGAGGCCCUCCGGACAUGAGAGGACCUCCAAACAGAGGGCCAGGAGACAUGAGAGGUCCUAUGGAUAGAGGCCCAGGAGAUAUGAGAGGUCCACCUGAUAGAGGUCCUGGAGAUAUGAGGGGUCCACCUGAUAGAGGCUCAGGAGAUAUGAGAGGUCCACCUGACAGAGGUCCUGGUGAAAUAAGGAGCCUUCUUGGAGACAUGCGUGGACCUGGCCCAGAUCCAAGGGACUACAGGGGCCCUCAUUCAGACAUGAGAGGACCUGAAGGCAGAGGUCCUGACUAUAGAGGUCCUCCUCAAGAUCAAUUCGGAGACCCAAGAGAUCGACGUAUGCCCUUUGAUCCCAGAGACCCACGAAACAGAGAGCCAUCAAGAGAUGACAGAAGAGCUCCCUCAAUGGACCCCAGAGAUCAGCCCCGGGACCCAAGAGGUCCACCUCCUGAACAAAGAUAUGGACCACCUAGUGGGCCAAGGGACCCACGUGGUGAACGUGGGCCCCCAGGUCCCCCAAAUGAUGGACGUUUUUCAGGACCUGUCCAUUCACCACAGCAACAAUGGGGCCCUAACCAAGGAGGACCACCUCCCAGAGGUCCUCAAGGUUUUAAUCCUGGACAGGCGGGGCCUGUUUCGCAAGGCGGUGAGGUCACAACCCAGGAUCAAGAGAAGGCGGCCCUUAUCAUGCAAGUGUUGAGCCUCACUGACCAGCAGAUUGCUUUGUUGCCUGAAGAUCAACGACAGAGUAUUAUGGUUUUGAAGGAACAGAUAGCUCACAGCACACAGCCUCAUUAAUUUAUGUGGCAAUGUCCCUUUGAUUUGCUUUUCUUUUCUUGAAAUUCAUUAAAUCUCUCAGUAACAUUUUUACGUGAAAGUAAGAACUGUGUCCAGAUAGGAGGUUUCUUGGUCAAGAGCCUGUUUAAAUGAAGGUGGGGAACCCCAGGUAGGUGAGGUAACCGCCAAGCCGUGUCGAAGAAUAGCCUACGUUUACACGCAAUUUUACAACCCCAGGAUACCCGAGUGAGGUUUUUGGCACGCUUACAAAAAGAGCAUGAACGCGACCCCGGUUGACAAGGUUACCCCACCCGGCAGAUCGAGCAACCUGCCUAUAGGCGGGUUGUCCCACCUAUCAUGUAAACGUGAUCAAGAUAAAUUGAGAGAUUAUAUGUUACCUCACCUACCUGGGGAGGGGGGUCCCCCAACUCUAUGUAAACAGGGUCCUAAACCUCUACUUGUGAAGUGUCACUGAACUGACAUUUGUUUUUGGCUUCGCAUUCUCUAAUCUAACAGUGGGACGAAAGGGAACGGUCAGGAAACUUAAACGAACCUGAGUGUGUCUUAGUACUCUCUGUAUUCAGUAGUUUUUUAACCGUUCUCGCAAUUUAGAAGAGAACUAUCAAGUAUUUUUGAUAGCAGUUGUAAAUCCCCGACGUUUCGAGACUUUUUUCAGGUGAAAGCAACUCGGGUAACAAAUUCUGAACCAACCUCUAGAAUAGUUUUGGCCUGUAUCUGUCGAUUUAGCCAUGAUGGAGGGUUCGAAAGUUUGCCUGAAAUACGGACCUAAGUAUUUUAUUGGUGUUGGCAGUAAUACAAAGACAAUAUAUAUGUAUCAGCCUACUUGAUUGAUCCAUUUUCUCAUGAGAGAGCUUUUGAGUCAAAGUAUCACUUUAACUGUUCGAGAGAGAUCUGUGAAGAGGUUACGGCAUAAUAUUUUGACUUGUUUCUGCGACGAUACGAAACGUCAACGUAAAGGUACCCGGCAAGACUGAGGAAGUGAGCGAGAUUUUCGUCUUUCUUUUCCUCUAUUUUUUCAUCUUACAGUCACCCCGCGAAAGAGAGGGACCACACCGCCAGCUAUGCAAAGUGUACUGAUUUAAUUUUUAGCCCAGCCCAUGAAACGGUAAUCAUUACAGAGAAUCACUAUUUGGCGCAAGUAUCUGUUUCUAUUUAAAGCACAGUCGUCCUUCCUGUGCGAAAUACACUCUUUCGUCGAUUUCGACUUGUGUGAAUCUGA